AUGGGGGAGAGCUACCGGGCGACGACGAUCACGCCGGUGCCGCGGGCCUACGGCGUGCGCGGCGGCAACGCCAUCGCCCGCAGCGUGGCGCAGGCGAUCCAGCUGUGCGCCCUGCACGCCCUCGACGUCCUGUGCGCGCUCGGCCUCCCGCUCUUCCUCGACCCGGCGAAGCAAACCCAAUUCCUCCGGCGGCGCCGGGUGCUGCGGAUGAUCACGCCGGAGGGGAUGCGCCGCGCCGCCGUGCGGCCGAAGGCCGCCGCGUAUAUGCUAAAACCCACCUGGGUUCCCAACACGACGAGUGAGUUGGCGGGGAGUGGGUGGGAUGGCGGCGGUCGCGCGACCGCCACGCGGGCGGAUUCGCCGCCCCCGCAAUACUACGCGAUGCCGCUGCCAGGGUACCUCAUGGAAGCCGGCGCGGUGCGGCUGCCCCCGCCGAGCGACGACACCCUCUCCAUCCUGCAACUCCGCACCCCGGAGGACUGCGACGUCUUCGGCGAGGGCGCCCCCGAGGAGGAGGUGCAGGCCCUCGGCAACGCCGCGAAGGUCUGCGUGCAGAACUACCUGCGUGAGCAGCUCGAGCUGGAUCGGCAGCAGCGCACGUUGGGGAAUGACGGGGACGCACACGACGCCGCAGGGGAGGGGAAGGAGGAGGGGGGCGAUCCCACCGAGGUCCUCUCCGCGCACGAGCGCGAGGAGCUGGAAAAGCUCUCGAAAUGGGCCAAGGGCUUCCCGCCCAACCUCAACGCCUCGUUCUACGUCACGGGGUAUGCCCGGCAGGUGAGCGUGUACAACAUCGCCUACCUCCGCAUCCCGGCCCCGCCAAUUCGACGGGUGGGAUGCGCAGCGCCCGCCGAGGCAAAGCCCCUCGUCGUCGCCCAACCCCUCCGGGGGAAAAAAGGGACCCCCAAACCGAAGGCGACGGAAGGGAACCCCCACGCCGAGGACGACGCCCCUGCGGCGCUGUCUGGGGUCGAACCGGUGGCGGAAGCAGCACCCCCCGGGGUUCAGGCCGUUUCGCCGAACCCCAGCCCCGGUGAAGGGGGGGAACCUCAUGGGGAGGCCAAACACACCGAAGUCGACCGAAAGGAUGACGUCGAGGUAUGGAAGGUGGGAAGCGAAGGGGGGUACCACCUCGCGGUGGGGCUGUCGUUAAAGAAGAAGGAUGCCGAGCGCAUGUGCUUUCUCCACGCCGCCGCCCUCCUCCAUUAUUACUACCGUGAGGACGUCUUGAUGCACUACCGGAGCGGUCUUCCGCGCAAAGGGGGCGCCACAUCGUACGAAUGUAUUCAGAAACUGCACAAACCCCUCAUAGCGAAGGCGGUGAUGGGAAAGGAAAGCAACGAACAGGAGAGCGAUCAAGACGACAAGGGUGGUAGUUUGAACACGACAGGCUCCGGAACGGGGGUUCAGACGCAUUCGACACCCCCAAAGCCGUUUUUGCACGGCGCUAUGAAAACUUUCAUGGAAAGCGGGCGAGCUUUGACGCAUCCGAAGCGGCGUCCUACGUUAUCAUCCCUUAGUCCUUUCUAG